UAUCUUGAAUUAAAUAAAUGUUUACCUAAAAACGAGCUAAAUUGUCUGAUUUUUGAUGUUUAAAAGCAUUUAUUUUAUUUAUUCAAAACAUAAAUAAUGCAUUAUCACAAUUAACAUUACCAGUUGAUAAAAAUACAGAAAACUUAACAAAUUAUCAUAAAACACCUGUUACUUGCAACCUUUGCCCCUCCAUUUUUUAUAACACAUGUAAAAGUCACCUUGACCCCAUAAUUCAUCGCCCCCCAACUUUUACUUUUACUACUCUAGUCGCGUCUCAGCCAUAAUAAACAAAUGAUAAUUCUGUGAUAACACUGAUAAGUGCUAAUUUUAAACGUGGUCAUGUCUUCGGUUUCAAAAAUUUUCGAAAAAUACACAAUGACCGUUCUUGAAACGAUAGGUGCAGGUGUUUUAACCUAUGGGGUCCUCCACUUACUCGCCUUAUGCCUCGUUGAUUGUGAUUUAGAACUGACUUUUUACUCCCUCUUCGGGAAAUCACCAAGAAAACUGAAAGGCAAAGUGGUGUUCAUCACGGGGGCCUCCAGCGGCAUCGGCGAACACACCGCCAAAGCCCUCGCCAAGCACGGCGUUCGCCUCGUCCUCACCGCCCGACGCCCCAACGAACUCGAACGAGUCAAAACCGAAUGUCUCCAAUUAGCAAAAAACCAACUGGGGGACAAAGACAUCCUCGUGAUCCCCUUCGACAUCACCGACUUGUCCCUCCACAAGGGGGUCUUCCAACAAGCCCUGAGCCACUUUGGCACCAUCGACAUCCUCGUAAACAACGCAGGACGCUCCCAGAGGGCCCUCUUCGAACACAUCGACAUGGCCGUCGACAAACAAAUGUUCGAAUUGAACGUUUUCGCUGUGGUCAACUUGACCAGACUUGCUGUAAAGCAUUUCAAUGAAAAGGGGGCUGGGCAUGUGGCAGUUGUCUCGAGUCUUGCGGGGGUUUUCGGGGUACCAUACUCGGCCACGUACACAGCCACCAAACACGCAAUUCAUGGCUACUUUGAUGGCCUCAGGAUUGAGAAAAUGGGACAAAAUAUUGCAGUGACUCUCCUAUGUCCUGGACCAACUUUCACCAAUUUCCUACAGGAGAGUUUCACGGAAAAAGACGGCCAGAAAUAUGGAAUUCCAGCCGAAAGGAAAGACAGGAGGAUGACAGGGGAAAGGUGUGGACAAUUAUGUGCCAUAGCCUUGGCCAAUAGGACGCAAGAAUCCUGGAUGGGGCUCUUCCCCUUAAUGCCUUUCGUCUACACUGCAGUCUACUUCCCAACUGUCUCAAAAAUAGCUUUGAGACUAUUAGGGCCCCGUGGACUGUUCAAAAUGCGAGACAGCAAAGACAUUCAAUUCGAUCAGGGUAAGCAAAAACUUUGAAGUGGUGAUGGACUGCACAUUUUUCCACUAACAUUAUUUCCCGUUUCUGAGAUUAAUAGCAAAUAAGUGGUGAUGGUGUUACUUCUUUUUUCUUCUUUUUUUUUUCUUUAAACUUGACUAAAAACUGGCUUUAAAUUCGUAUUUGGGGUUAGAAAUGUGGUUUAAUAUCUUACAAUAUGUACAAUAAAGCGAAUUAGAGUUG